AUGGUGGCAUCGUCCUCAUCGUUGUCUGAGUACUCCUUGGACUCCUCCUCGUCAUCUUCGUCUUCAUCUCGCCGUCGACAUCGUCGCCACAACCGCAGUUGCCGAGACAAGGACCAGGAGAAAGACAAAGAUGCCCUCAAGAUCCGAAAAAAGAUCAGUCGCUCCAACACCAAACGACGCCGCAGACACCGCCACCGCCACUCCUCGUCGGAUUCUUACUCUUCCUCCUCUCCUUCCGAUUCCAGAAGUGAUAGUUCUUCGGACAGUGAGCCUGAAACAUCUAGUAAGUCAAAGAAGCGCAAGAAGAGUGACAGACAUAAGAAGAGCAAGGAAAAGGACCAGAGCAAGAGUCAUCGCCAUAAACAUCAUAGGAAACUCAAAGAGAAACAGAAGAAUGAGAGAAGUAGCGGCCCUGUUCAGCUUUCAAAGUUUUUAGGCCGUGACAAAGAUGAUGGAGUUCGUCGCAGUGCUGUCUCUGGAAAAAAGAUUCUACUGAAACUUGAGAAGACAAAGGAGGACAAGGCGGCUGAAGACAAAAGGAAUGAAUUGCUGAAGUUCUUAAAUGCUAGUUUUGAUUGAUGUUGUGGAGUCCAUGCAUGGAAUCAACAAGUGAAUGAAGGAAUUGAGUAAGUUCCAGCUGCUGGCCUAUAUCUUAAUGAUUUUGAAAGGAUUUUCUCCGAGCUCGAAGCGCAGUUGCCAAUUGAAGUGUGGUUGAAAAACUAUGGUUUGGGCGUUGUAUUAGUAUUCAUUUGGUACUGUCAUUAUAUAUUAUCUUAUAUCGAGGAUUCACCGCAGUAAGCUUUCAAAUUUGAUAAAUGUAGCAAACUUAAUAACCCUCCUUGAUGAUGUGCCUGUGCAUCAUGCAAGUAACCAGAUUAAUUGAUGUAUUUGCAAGGAGCAUUUUACCA